AUGAAGAAAGCCGCGCCAGGCCCCGCGAAGAAGCAAACCUCGAUUCUGAGUUUCCUGGGCCGAAAGGACGACGCCGGCGGAUUCCCCGCCCCCGGGUCUUCGCUGCCUGCGCCGCUGUCUCCUCGCCAGGUUCCUGCAAGGCGCGAAGGGUGCCCGAAAGAAGCGACGGCCCGCGAAGCAGAGGACCCCGUGCGAGAAAACGCGGAAAGCCGAAAGCGGCCUCUGCCUGCAUGCGAAGCGCCGCACUCUCCCUCGAAGAAAAAACGCGAAUCGCCCAAUGCCUCACAGCCAGACGAGCAGGAAUUUCCCGGCUCGACCAAGAAGGCGGCCUGCGCAGAGACAGCCGAGCGGAAGGGAGAUAACCCCCAGGAAGUCACGAAACAGACUGGAGACGCGGAUGCUCCCAGCCAGGAGAAGCGGCGAGGGCGGCUAAGGAAGACGGAAAGCGACACGGAAAACGAUGUAAACGAAGGCAACGGGAAGAGAAAGGAAGCGAACGAGGCCGCAGAUGAUGCGAGCAAACCGCCAGAAAAAGAAGACGAAGAAGACGCGAUCAGCGAGGCAGACAGCGACCGAGAAUCUAUUGAUUCGGACUCCUCAGUGCCGCCGUCGUCCCAAGAUGGCGCGAACCCGCCAGGAGAUGUAAAGAAAGUGUCGGCGUCGUCUGCGGAGGGGCGUCGCGCGCUGGAGAUGCUACAGAAGAAGAAGCGGUCUCCCGCCUCGUCUGGGAAGACAGCGAGCGCAGAGAGGCUGUUUCCAGACAGCGACGAGCCGGCCUCGGAAGACGAGUGGAAAGACGAGGCGGGGAAUGCGUCGAAGAAGUCGAUUUUGGAGCUUCUGGGGUGCAAGAAAGGAGACCAGAGAGAGGGCGUCGGGCUCGCGAAGGAGAAGAGACACGAAGCCGGUCAGGGCGAGAAGAAGAGCGCAGGGAGGAAGAAAAAGGCCGACGAAGACGAGCAGUUGAAAACGGGGACUCUCUUUGCGUGUCGCGUGCUGGCGAAGGAGCCUUCAUGCGAUCUUGCUUCUCCGCUGUUUGAUCCUUCGCACGUCCCUCUCGACAGCAUUUCCGCCCAGAAGGCGGAGCGCAACACGAAAAAGGCACAGGUGGAGGACUCGCCUCCCAUUCUAUUCGAGGUUCUCGUGAACGCGUUCGACAAGAUUGAACAGAUGAAGGCCAGCGGAACGGGCAGCAACAAGAAACAGACGGUGAUUCUCACCAACCUGUUUCGCCUUCUGCUGUUCUACGAACCAAAGACGCUGUACAAAGCGAUCUACGUUUGCCUGAACAAAGUUGCGCCCGACUACCUCGGGCAAGAAGUUGGCGUCGGCGAGUCGCUGAUCCUCAAGGCCAUGGCUGAGACCUACGGCCGCACAGAGGCGCACCUGAAGAAAGAGCUGCAACACACUGAAGACUUGGGACGCGUUGCGGAGCGGAGCUCAUGCAAAACGCGGACUCUCUUUCCGCCGCCUCGCCUCACCAUCGACGGCGUGUUUGACCAGCUGAAGGCGAUCAGCCAAUGCGCGGGGAAAGACAGUCAGCUACACAAACGCGACUUAUUGAAGCGCCUUCUCGUCGGAGGCAAAGGCGCCGAGCCCAAGUACAUCAUUCGUUUCCUCCAGCAACGCAUGCGAACUGGAGCAUCCACUGCCACAGUGUACCAGGCCCUCGCCUUCGCAUGCUUCCUCACCCACAACGCCCGCGACGGUUCCCCCGCUGUCGGUGACACGCGCCGUCACGUUCCUCAAACAGAAAGCAACCAGGAGUCGCCCUCUUUGUCUUCUUCCUCCUCUCCCUCCUCUCCCUCCUCUUCCUCCUCUUCCUCGUCGUCUUUACCUUCUGCAAUGAGUGCAGUUGAGUUGGAGAGUCACUUGUCGCGGAUGGAGCAGAGUGUGCGUCGAGCGCUGUGCGAGGUUCCGAACGUGGAAAUCGUCGUCGCGCAUCUUCUCCGCGGGGCAGAUGCAGAUGCGCUCGCCGCGUUGUGUGUCGCGACGCCCGGGAUUCCUCUGCAGCCCAUGUUGGCGCGGCCGACGCGCGGGUUCGAGGAAGUCGUGGAGCGCCUGAAACACACUGAGUUCACGUGUGAAUUCAAGUACGACGGCGAACGCAUUCAGCUGCACUUGGUGGCGGAGCAAGCUGCCAAGAAGACCCCGGGACUCUGUCCUUCCACAGCUUCUCCGGCUUCGCCUGUUUCUGCGUCGCGAGAGGAGGGAACUGGGACUGGGCCUGCAGGGUCGGUGCGGAAGAUCUCUCCGAGUCGCGUGCGUCUGUUCAGCCGGAACUUGGAGGAGAUCACGCAAAAGUACCCGGACAUUAUCGACAUGUUCCUCAGCUCUCUCCAGGACACAACUGACGAGUGCAUUCUCGACGGCGAGGUAGUGGCCUACGACGUGGAAAACGGAACCAUUUUGCCUUUUCAGACGCUGACACGACGAAAGCGGAAAGGCGUGGACAAAGACGGCAUCGAGGUGCGAGUCGCGCUCUUCCUCUUUGACUGCAUGCGCCUGAACGGCGAGUGUCUCCUCGGGAAGACGCUGGAGGCGCGCCGCGAAAAAAUGAAGCAAGCGAUCGACUUCCAGCGCAACCCUCUCGUCCAACACGCAACCUACAAGGACAUCAGCCAGGCUCAAGAAUUCGAGGAGUUCCUCAGCGAAGCGAUUGAAGAAAACGCGACGUACGAGCCUUCCAAACGCUCCCUCAACUGGCUGAAGGUGAAGAAAGACUACGUCGACGGCCUCACGGACUCCGUCGACCUCGUUCCUAUCGGCGCUUGCUACGGAAAGGGAAAGCGAAGCGGAACGUUUGGCACUUAUUUGCUUGCGGUGUACAAUCCGGCUGACGAGACUUACCAGACGGUGUGCAAGGCGGCGACGGGUUUCAGUGAGGAGGCGCUCCAGCAGCAUCACAAUGCCCUGAGCGAACACAUCAUUUCCCACAAAAAGCCGUACUACGACGUGUCGCCGAAACUUGAAGCGGACGUUUGGUUCGAGGCGUGUCAAGUCUGGGAAUGCCGCGCAGCAGACUUGUCCAUCUCCCCCGUGCAUACAGCUGGAAUAGGAGAGAAGUCUCCCGAUAAGGGAAUCGGGUUGCGCUUCCCGCGUUUCUUGAGAGUCAGGGAAGACAAGAACCCAGAACAGGCGACGACGUCUUCACAGAUUGUCGAGAUGUACACGAAUCAAUUUCGACAGAACAAAGCUCAGGGUGGAAAGGCUAACUUAGACAGAGACGAAGAAGAAGACGACGUGAGCGAUUCCGAGAAACAGAAGGAGGAAGAGUAG